AUGGAGAAGAGGUCGCCAGGCGGGCGUUGCGACGCUUGGGACGAGGGGACGAACCCGAUGUGCAAGGGGGGUGGCGAUCUGCCCGACUUUUGCCACCAGGCGUGGUGUUACGUGGACCCGUGCAACUGCGACAUAGAGAUCCCGCCGAAGCCCACCACUUACAUGGAAGGCGCGAAGUAUCAGGGGCGUCCUGUCCACUGGUCGUACCACACGUGCUCCGCCACCGACAGCUGGUCUCUGGAACACAACCAGAAGCAGCCAAGUCCGGACGAGAUCAAGGCGAUGUGCGCCAAGCCGCCCGACACGCGGAUAUAUGGGAAG